CUUGUCCAGCUGACGUGGGUGUGUGAAGGGGAGUUCCACACGUGACUGACUUGAUGCUCCUGUUGAAUAACCGCCUGGACGGAGGUGAAGGAGAUCAUCAGAGAGGAGAGGAGGAGGAUCACCCUGUGGAUUUUGUAAAGUUGUGCCUUUAAGAACCGAAAACCAGCAGCGGCAUUUCAGUUCUGUUCAACAUCAGCCCGCAUCCUCUCCAUCUCUCUCCGGCGGUCUUGCGGUGCGCACAUCCCGCAGAAGCGCUUUUGAAUGUGUCGGCCGGCUGCAGCGGUGUUGGCGGUGCUGACCGCCUGCCUCUGCUGCGGUGCGCGUCUGUGCGCGGCGGGGAGAAGCCAGCAGCUCAAUCAGCGACCCAUCAUCGGUGUGUUGGCGCAGGAAAACCUUCCAGGAGACCAGUUCGCUCGUGGCUCCUCUUACAUCGCUGCUUCCUAUGUGAAAUACCUGGAGGCAGCUGGGGCGAGGGUCGUACCCGUCAGAAUAAACCGCACAGAAGAAGAAUAUGCAAAGAUAUUCUACUCAAUAAACGGGUUGUUGCUGCCGGGAGGAGAUGUAGAUAUUCAGACGUCGCAGUUCAGUCGAGCCGCCAAGAUCUUUUACAACUUGUCUCUGAAGGCCAACAAUGCUGGGGACUACUUCCCUAUCUGGGGAACUUGCCAAGGCUUCCAGCAGCUGUCUGUCCUUACAGCCAACAAAAACCUGCUCACCCUCACUGAUACCAAGGCUGUGGCCCUACCUCUCAAUCUCACACCAGCGGCCCAGUCCAGCCGCCUGUUCCAGGGUUUUCCUAAGGAUCUGUUGCAGUCUCUUGCCGAAGAAAACAUCACUUCCAACUUCCACAGCUGGAGUCUGUCUAUGCAGAACUAUAGCCGAAAUGCCAAGCUGAAGAGGUUUUACAAGGUCCUGUCCACUAACAGUGAUGGCAAGAAAGAAUUCAUCUCCACCAUGGAAGCCUACCGAUACCCAUUCUAUGCAGUACAGUGGCAUCCAGAGAAAAGCCCCUUUGAGUGGAUAGAUAAGCCGGGCAUGGUUCACUCCACCUCUGCUAUAAGAGCCUGCUUCUACACUGCAAGCUUCUUUGUCUCUGAAGCCAUGAAGAAUCAGCACAACUUCUCCAGUCCCGUGGAGGAAGAAAGAGCGCUCAUCUACAACUUCUCUCCCGUCUACAGAGGCGCUCACGCCGUUUUUGUGCAGAACUAUUACUUUGAUUGAUGGACAGCGCUGAAGACUGAAACAGGCUCAGUCCAGCCAGAAUGUGUCAUUGACAGAGCAUCUUGGCCCAAGUUGAAAACCAAACUUGAACCAGACUUGAUGGUGUUGUCACUCAAACAAAAAAGAAGCAGUUUAGCUUUGCUCAGCUUAGCUUUACGUAGUAAUACGAAACUUAGACAGUGAUGAAAUGAAGAGAAAAUCAUGUUACAUUGAAAAAGAAAAAGAAUAUCUAAUAUCAGAUGAAGAAAAAACACGAAUUAAAAAAUGUAGAAUUUCUACAAAAUUAGAUAUUGCAUAUAGGUGAAAAUUUAGGUUACAGUCAUCUUUUGACACGUUGACACUCAUCAGCUCUAAAUAUAAAGAACUACGAGCCAGAAUAAAAAUUUAAUUUAUAAGACAUUGCAGGAUUUUAUACAUUCAUAGGGUUUAAUGGUUACAAAGGUGAAAUGGUUUAUAUUUUGUAGUAAAGUACAUUAGAAUCUGUCACAUAUUAGUCUGGUUUCAUUCACAGGAUAUUAUUAUUAUUCUUAUAAAUCUAUAUAUUUCAUGCUUAAGUUUGCAUUUUCACUUUUUUUCACAGUUCUUUCGCUUCUGAAGCACAUUUCGAUGUAUGCAUAAUUUAAUUAUAAUUAAAUUCCUUGAACAAAUUAUGACAUCGAUGACAAAUACAUUAUGCAACUCAGUCUACAAAACCUGUUCCUCUCUCAACUUUAAAACUUCUUUUCUGUGGUAUUGGAGUGCUAGUUAAUUUACAUCAAUCAAAAGUUACUAUAUUUUUAACAUAGACUAGCAAGCAUAUAUCAUAUCUACAUAGGAAAGGAGAAAUUGACCAACUGUUAUUGGAUCACAGUGCAAAACAGGACAGGGUUUUGGAAAGGGCCCACAGCCUCUUUGAGCUCCUAAAAAAGUCCAGGAGAAUAAGUUGAUGCAUCUAUGUUAAAAUGUGGAUAACUAAUAAACAACGAUUCCCUCUG